CCCACCCCUUAGACUUGAGUUUCCUGUGUUUUCCAAUUACUCUGAUCAUAUCGCUGGAUCGCAGAUUUAACUUGGCUGUUUCAAUGCCACGGGCUAAAUAACGACAUAACAGCGAUCUGUCACGUGUAGGAAAACGUAUCUGAGAUGAUCGUGGCAAGAACGUGUUCUGGGUUGUGAAUCAGAAGUUAGCGAUCGUUGUUUUAGUUAGGAACAUUGUUGAUUCUCAGACAAGCGCUCAUAUAACCCUGUUCAACGAUGAGUCGUUCCAAUCCGAAUCAACUGAGUUGUUAUUUGGGUCGCUUGUCACGUUCAGAAACUGAUAAAUUGUUGUUGGGAAGGAAGCCUGGCACUUUUCUUAUCAGAGACAGCUCGUCGAUUCCCGGAGACUUCGUUCUUGCCGUAAGUGAAGGUGGAAAAGUCAGCCAUUACAUAAUCAACAGCAAAGGGAGUCAAUAUCAGAUAGGAGAAAACACUUUUCCAGACCUUCAUAGUAUUAUAGACUUUUACAAGAAACAUUUCCUAGACACAACAAACUUACAGGAGCCGCUAUUUAAAGUGGUGGCUCAGUAUCCAUUUUCUGCUAAGGACGCAGAAGAUCUCAGCUUCAAAAAAGGCGAUGUUUUAAUAGUUGUUGAACAAAAUGAAGAAAAGUGGUGGACUGCUAUAAAUGAACAAGGCCAGAAAGGCCUCAUUCCUGAACCAUAUGUCAAAAAGCUUUGUGAUCUUCAACAACCAGGCUCUCCAGUACCACCUGCUGCACCACAGCCAAAUGAUCAAAGAAGGUCUAUGCCUCCACCUGCAACUACAGUUCAAAAUAACAGUGAUGUCAGAAGAACAUCAGUGCCGCCCAACAUGAGACCGAUGCCACCGACGGCUGAAACAGAAGGAUCAAUGUAUGUCCGUGCUACACGGAAACAUCUCAUGCCUUAUGAUGACACAACUCUAGCUUUUGAGAAAGGAGAUAUCAUCAAAGUUCUAAAGAAAUACGACAAUGGAAAGUGGUUUGGUCAAAAAGGUGACAGAACAGGCUAUUUUCAGUUUAACUAUGUGCAAGUAAUACCAGCAAGUGAAAGUCCAGAUUGAAUGGAAUGAGCAGUAAUUAAAAUGUAACUAAUGAACAUUGAAAUUAGAAUUAGGAGUUUCCAGAUCUUCAUGUUGUCAAUCAAUUCUCAAUCAUCUCAAAAGUUAAUCGCAAUAGGCGUUGUUGAUGGAGCGCCAGCAUUAAUGAGUAAUAUUACUGGGAUGUUUUCCAUUUACAAGGUUUGCCAGUGGCAUGGAUUAGCUCCUCUGAGAAUUACUACAAACAAGAGCAACUUUUGAUGCUUCUUCUCGGCACAAACUUACACUUUUAUUCCUCGCUUUACUGACUUCCUUGGCAAAUGCUGCUUCAUGCAAAGGCACCCUUUGAAUUUUACCAUUGCUUUGUGCAUGGACAAAUCUCUCUCAAGCCACAGUUUCUCUUAGCAAUUUUCUACUAUGCUAUCGAAAAUGGGGUGAACUUUGAAUGAUUUGUCAUGCCUCUGAUUUUUUCUCACAACUUGCUGUGUAUUGUUAUUCAAAUGAAAAUACUGUGAUAAUUUAUCAAAACGAUUUCUUGACAUGACCUUUUGUACAGACAGAAUACCGAUGAGUGGAUCUUUGCUCUAGUAGAGGAAAUUUGCUGGCAGCUGUUUGAUGCCAAACAACACAUUUAAAUACUUUCAUGUAAUCCAAGGAAUGUUUUCAUCUCUGCGAGUGUUGUUCUGUACCAUUCAGGGACAGGUUUUGUAACGAUGGAUUCCUGUGUGUACUGAUUAGUUUCGCCAACUAUGUGUUUGAUUAAGUCAAAAUUGGUCAAAACACAAGUAGUCCACAGAAUGCAGAUACACACUCCCAGGAAUAAGACCUGGUGACGCUAGAGUGCAGAGGUGCACUCUCAGGGCCUAAAAUUUGAAGCAAAUGGUGAUGGAAGGGAGAGAAUUCGGUGAAACAAACCAUUGAAAUUAACUAAGAAAUGGCUCUGUGCAUACAUAAUUAAAUAUCAUUCUGUACAUUCUUCAUAUUCAUGAGAUUAGAAUUUUUUGAACCCCAAUAGUGAAUUUUUAUAUCCAUAGGAAAAAGGGGGCCUGUAUUCAUAAAGGGACCAUAACAAAUUUGUGGUCAAAAAGCCACCUACACGUACACCUACAUGUACCCAUUUAUAAAUUUUGCAAGAGACCUACAGAUACAAAGUAUAUUUUUCAUUUUCUUUGUAUAAGCUUAUUUUUAUAUCAUCGCCUUAGCGAGACUCUUUCAAUAGAUUCUAAGGCAUUAAAGAGAGUUGUGUGCAUGUAUAGUAGCAGACAAAUAGCAUUCAGUUGUCUCUGGCAAAUUCGGCCAAAAAAAAUUUCUGAUCCAGAUGUUCAUGCAGAUAAGCAGCACCCACUGAUUUGUUACAAAAUGUUUGGGAAAAAAGGUGCAGCUUAUAUGCCUGUAUUUGUGGUAGUUGCCUUUAAGAAGCAUCAAGCAUUCUUAUUAAUUCCCACAAGCGAGCUAUUGGCAUAACUUUACCAGAUAAAUGAUGAACAUCCCUUGUAUUACUCCUCAAGAAAUAGCUAGCUUGACUUAAAUUAGUGAUAUAGAUUAUAUUUGAUUUUGUGUUAGUGAACUUUGUAGUGUACAAAGCAGCCAUGGAUGGCUUAUUCAAGUACUUAAUAAUAAUAUUUGUGGGGAGAACACAGCAUAUCCUGACAUUUGUGACGUUGGAAUGUGACUUGAGAGAAUAGUCCAGCUUUUGUAAAGUAAAUACCUUAAGAACCCAAAUAAAUACAUUUCUGUGUAGAAGAGGUAUACACCUAUGAAGAAUUUUUAUUUUUGAAAUUGUGCAAUAACUUCAAUUGAGUGUUAUGAUAUGGAUGGAAUUUUUGGACUGAGGUAACUGAUGCAGUAGCACACAUCUACUCAGUUUCUGUUUUAUUUGUAAUAAUUUUCCUUAGUAAUAAGAUGAAGCAAGUGGAACAUGCUUUCUAAGUUAUAAGCUUUCUAAAGAAAUGCUUUGUUUGCUUGAAAUCAAUUGGUGAAUGAAACAGUGUAAAUCUGGUUGGAGUUGGGGCACUCUCCCUCUGUGAUGGGUGUGAACUACCUUAUAAGGUAUGCUUUUAGGGGUUCAAGGUUUAAACAGGGUACACAAUUUGACCAUUUAGCUUUAUAGGGUAUCUUUCUGGACCAGAAACCUUGAACAGUGUGGGAACAUGGCAUAAUCCAGUCUAACUACUUGGUACUAAAUGAAAUUGCUUGUAAUUCUUAUUUUAAAUUUUCUGCUUUUCGGAGUUUUCAAAAGUGCUUUCUAGAGGUCAGUGUGUGUUACUUUAAAUGUACACAAUUUCUCCUGAUCAAAACGGUAGUAGAAUGAACAGGUUUUGGUGAAACAGUGGCAGGGUUUGAAGUUGAGGUAGCAUAUCCUCAAUUAAACUCCCCUUAGCUA